GUAGGUUUUGUAACCUUUAGUUGCUGCUUUUUAAAUGCAUUGCUGUAGCUGUAGUGGAAACAUUAACCAUGACCAUUCUAAUGGUGAAAGCAUCGACUGGAAGUAGGGAAGUCUAAGUACUGUCAAUGUUAGUCUGGAAUUGUGAUGGCUUUAAGAACAGAGGAGAGAAGCUCACUGGAGUUCAUCUUUAAAUCCCUUUUUGCAGGGGGGAUUGCUGGGAUGUGUUCCAAGACUGCAGUGGCACCACUGGAUAGAAUAAAAAUCUUACUUCAAGCCCACAACAAGCACUACAAACAUUUAGGUGUCUUUUCCGGUCUACAACAUAUUGUUCAUAAGGAGACAUUCUUGGCCCUGUAUAAAGGCAAUGGAGCGCAGAUGGUACGGAUAUUCCCAUAUGCUGCCACACAGUUUACAGCAUUUGAAUUUUACAAGAAGAUGCUGACUUCAGCACUGGGAAGCAACUCACACAUAGGAAAAUUUCUAGCUGGAUCAAGUGCUGGUGUUACUGCUGUAACACUUACAUAUCCUCUGGACACUAUCCGGGCUCGCUUGGCGUUCCAAGUAACAGGAGAACAUGUGUAUACUGGCAUACUUCAUACAGCAUUAAGUAUAUUCAAGGAGGAAGGGGGCUUGCGAGCCCUUUACCGUGGUUUUCUACCAACAGUAUGCGGAAUGAUUCCAUAUGCUGGAUUUUCAUUCUACUGCUUUGAGAUGCUGAAGUAUAUAUGUAUGAAGUACAUACCUCAAGUGACCUGUGAUACUUGUUCACGAAAUACAGGUGGACUGGUUCUUCUUAUGCCUGCAAAAUUGCUCUGUGGAGGUCUGGCUGGUGCAGUAGCACAGAGUGUCUCAUACCCAUUAGAUGUAACAAGACGCAGAAUGCAACUUGCCAUGAUGAAUCCAGAGACAAGAAAGUUUGGACGAAUGGGGAUGAUGAGUACAAUUUUUCUCAUUUACAAGGAGAAUGGUGUGUUCAGGGGUCUGUAUAGAGGUAUGAGUAUCAACUACUUGAGAGCUGUUCCCAUGGUUGCAGUGUCCUUUACAACAUAUGAAAUCCUGAAACAGAUGCUGAACCUUGACACAGGGAUGAAGCUUUAAAAUAAUUCAAACUCCAAUGUAGGUGAUGUAGUGGUCUUCUAGGUUGUAAUACCAGUGUGGCCAUGUAGGUGGUUGCUAGUGUAUCACUUUAAUCUUCAGGUUGAAGAUGGAGGUGAUACAUUCCUCCAAAUUUAACAUUUUACAAGACCACAUGGUAUCACAACCGAGAAGACCACAAUUGAAUUCUUCAUUGCUGUAAGAACAUCAAAAUCUCAGGCUAGAGGUGAGAUAUAUUUUUAUUUCUUGUUAGUAGUUACCUCUUGAAAAGGUUUUGUUCCCCUAAUAGAUUUCUUGUCUAUCAACAUUUGCUAGUAAAUCAGUCAAUUUAUGAACUGCUGAAUUCUAUAAUAUAUAUAUAUAUGCACAAAUAAAAUAUGAAUUUUAGUUUUAACAAACAGGGCUUAAAAUAUAAUGCAAUCUCAUCCACAAAUAGUUCAAUAACACUGAUUUUAUGCAUACAUUUGUGCUUUUUAAACAAUUAAUGCUGUUUUCCACAAUAUUAAAUAUGAAAGCAGCAAAUUUAACAUUGCAGUAUAAAGGAGUACAAAAACCAGUCUGCAUUGUGCUGAUGUGUGGUGUAGUGUUACUGUGCAGAAUUGUAAUAUUUGUUAUUUAUUUUAAUGAGGAUGUUAAAUUUGAAUUCUUAAUGAUAGAAGAGUUUUGUCAUAUAUAUUUGGAUCCAGUCUGCAGUGUAAGGAACUAUAGAAAUACAUUUUGUACACAAAUUCACAAAACAAAUAUAAAAAAAAAUUACAAACAUAUCUGUUUGUUGAAGAUUGUUGUCUUCUGGGUUAUUGCGCCGUAUAGUCUCGUAGAUUUUAUCGCUGUGAAAACCUCAAAUCCUACAUGUCUGCCUGUUGAUUCAUAUUUUAUUUUAAAAUGCUGUAUUAGGAGCUACUCUCAUUAUUUACUUUUAAAUUACAGAAUUUAGGAUUACAGACGUGAACUAUAUAGCAAAUGAUUAGGGGAAGAUGAGGGCCUAUUUAUUCAAAACCAGGAUAUGUAAAGAGGGGGGAGGAGGGAAACUUGCAUGCAUGCAUGCACACACACACAAAGAACAGUUAUUUGCAUAAGGAGUGUUCUCUGCAAAUGGCAUCAUUUUGUGCUUAUUGUUGUUUUCUUUUAAGUUUAAUGUAUUUACCUUAUGAAAUUGAAGGACACUUCAUAUUCAUCCUUGUGCCAAAUAUAUGGUCUAUAAUUGAAGUUUCUAAACUGGAGCCUGAAUCCAAAUACAUGUGAAAGAUAAUUAGAUUUUAUGAAGUGUGUAAUAUGUAGUUUGAAUUGAAUAUGUAUUGACUGUUGGCUCUUAACAACUUUUUAUAUGAAUAUGCACUUGUUAUGUAAGUACUUGUUACUCCUAAAUUGAUUACUCUAGCUCAUAGGAUAUCAGAACUGUAGCUGAUAAACUUGUGUAAGGGAGUUUUAAGUAACUGGUCUAUAUAGCUAAGAUUUUACUAAUAAGAAAGUGUGUGGCCAAGAGGUAAUUCCAAAUUUAUGAAAAGUCAAAAUGCUGUACUGCAGCUUGUUCUACCCAUUUUGACUACUGCAGACUGCGAGAUGGCCAUUUUUGUGCACAAAACUAUGCAGUAUCAAAGAACAAUAUGUGAGCGUAAGCUAAGUGCUGUAGACUAGUGUUUUCUAUUUGUUUAUUAUAUGUGGUGGACUGACUAUAUAUCUCUAAGAACUUUUGUAAAGUAUUUUAUGAAAAUUUUACACAAUCAACUAUGAAAACUUAUGAAGAGCUAAUAAUAUGUUUAAAGCUUUUCAUACUACUCAUGUAUAAUGAUGAUGAUGAUAGCUAUUUCUUUGUGUUUAAAAAGUUAAUUUCCUGCUUCUGUUGGCAACUUCAGUCAGCUCUUGUAACAAAAUAGAAUAUUUCUUUUAUGCUUCAAAGCAAGUAGGAUUGUUAUCUCCGUAACAUUAUUGGAUUAGUCCAAGUACAGGGAUGAACUAAACACAUUGCUGAAGUCCAGAGUUUAUGAACCUUUGUCCAAAAAUCCUACAGCUAGUCAAUAGAAAAGUACACCAACUCCUUUUCAAACACAAAACUGCUCUUCCUGUCAAACUGAAAGGCAAGCUGACACGAUAUCCCAGCAAACCUCCACAUUUGUAUGGUGUUUCUGAGAUUCAUAAACUGAAUAUUUCUUUUAGUCCCAUAGUGAGUUCUAUUGGUUCACCAUGUUAUGCUUUGGCUGGAUUCCUGCAUAACACACUGAGUCCUCUUACCAGAAAAUCAGAACUCUUGAUGAAGAAUUCAGACCACUUCAUACAGUUGUUAAAAUCAGUAAAUCUUCAAAAUUCAGAUGCCCUCAUAUGCAGUGGUGCUGUUGGUUUCUUCACUAACAUGCCACUUGACAAAACCGUAACAGUCAUCAGGGUUACAUAUCACAAUGGUCACAUUGGUGGAAUGGUCUGCUUUGCAGGUGAUAAAAACUGAAGUUUUUCAAUGAUUGGACUAGCCUUUUGUAAUGGGCUCAAAAGAGUAGGUGCCUCUCUCUCUCCCUUACAUCUAAGGACUUAUCCAGGUCUCUAAAUGUAAUCCAGACUUCUUUCCUAUGUCUAUUCUUGUCUCUGUUUUAAAUUUGAUUGAUAAUACACAAUUCAUUAUGUAAUAGUAUGUUUAAUAAUCCAAGAGAGUUAUUAAUAUGAAUUAUCACUAGAAUUAAAAUGGCUGAUAGUUUCAUUGCAAAGGAA